AUGCGUCACACCACCUUCAAAUCGGCGGCCCUGUCGCUGGCCGUCGCCGGUAUGGCCUCGGCGCAGACCUGGUCUCUGUGCAACCCCGUCGAGGGCGACGACUGCAAGCCCAACCCUGCCUUCGGUGGCGCCGCCAAAUACGACUUCACCACGGCCACCAAGCUCGACGACCUCAACUCCUUCUUCACCGUCGACCCCGGUGUCGUCUACAACGACAAGCAGAUGUCCUUCGACGGCGGCGCUGGAGCCUCCAUGAUCAUCUUCGAGGAGAGCAACGCCCCGACCCUCACGUCCAAGGAGUACCUCUUCUUCGGCAAGGUCGAGUGUGUCCUCCGCGCCUCGCCCGGCCAGGGCAUCAUCACCAGCAUUGUCCUCCAGUCCGACGCUCUCGACGAGAUUGACUGGGAGUUCAUCGUUCCACGCCUACACCAUCGAGUGGACCCAGGACGCCAUCACUUUCUCCAUCGACGGCAACGUUGUCCGCACCGCUACGCCCGCCGAGGUUCCUACCCCCAGACCCCCAUGCAGCUGAAGCUCGGAACCUGGGUUGGCGGCAAGGGUGGCAAGGAGCAGCAGGGCACCAUCGACUGGGCUGGCGGUCUCGCUCAGUGGGACCAGGCUCCGUUCGCCGCUCACUACCAGAAGGUCACCAUCCAGGACUACGCCGGCGGCAAGAAGGCGGCUCGCGAGUACGUCUACACCAAGGGUCAGGGUAGCUGGGAGAGCAUCAAGGUUGUUGGCGGCAAGGAGAGCGACGCCGGCAAGUUCAAGGACACCACCGAAGACCCCGUCAAGUCCGAGACGUCCUCCAUUCUCCCCUCGACCACUUCCAAGCUUCCCUCCUCUGCCGCUGCCUCCGCCUCCGCCUCUAUCAGCGCCGUCGUCUCCUCCAUUGAGGACGUUUUGAGCUCCAUCGUCAAGACCAGCACCAUCUCAUCGGCUCCCGUGAGCUCCUCGCUGCCCGUCAACACGACGACCAUCAGGACCACCAGCUCCGCUGCGACUACUUUGACUAGUGCCGAGGCCACCACCACCACUGGAGCGGCCGCUGCCCAGAGCUCCGCCGCGUCUGUCGAUGAGAGCGCUGCCACUCACAUGCAGGCCAGCGCCCUUGUUUUGACCCUGGCCGCCAUUGCCGGUGUCUACCUCUGGUAA